AUGGCGCCCCUAGGACCUAAAUGGUGGCAGGCGCCCGAUGAGGGCGAUCUUGACUAUGGAUUCGAUUCUGACGAUUUGGACGCUAGAUUCGCCGAACCUGAGCGCAAUUCCCACCGCCCGCGCACUCGAGAAGCUGGUGACUGGGACGCAGACCGAGAGCAAGGAAAGCAGGAACCAAGCGAGAAAGGAGUAUUUGGAAAUAUGUCGUCGUGGCUGCAGCGUCAGGCUGGUUCGUCCAAUAACCAGCUUGCAACGACUGCCGUACUGUCCGGAGCUGCGGUUGCGAGUGCAAUCUUUGGAUACCAGGCCUACAAGCGGAAGGAAGCUGUUCAUGACCUGAAGGCUUCUAUUCCGGUCCUCGAUGAGAAGCACCGCGCGGAGAAGCUUACCGACUUUGGCGCGGCCGACAAUGGGGCUCCGAUGAGCAAGGACGACGAGCGCAGUGCUGCUUUAGCUCGCCGGGCGCAACAGGGCGACUAUGACGAUGAUCUGAUCUUGGAACAACUGGCUCGGAACCGUGUUUUCCUUACCGAUGACGGACUAGCUAAGCUCCGGUCAUCCUUCAUCGUUGUUGUCGGCUGUGGAGGUGUUGGAUCCCACGCGGCCGCAGCGCUGGCUCGCUCAGGAGUGUCCAAGAUUCGCCUCAUCGAUUUCGACCAAGUUACACUGUCAUCACUCAACCGCCAUGCGCUGGCUACAUUGGCCGACGUGGGAACAUCGAAGGUACACUGCAUCCGGAGACGAUUGGAACAGAUUGCCCCGUGGGUAAUGUUCGACUGUCGCAACGAGCUCUUUGGCAAGGAGGCAGCCGAUUCUCUUCUCAGCUCUUGGACCUUGACACACGAUGGAGAGGGGCGUCGACCGGAUUUCGUGCUGGAUUGCAUUGACAACAUUACCUCGAAAGUCGACCUUCUUCACUACUGUCACACCAACUCGCUCCCUGUCAUUUCGUCUAUGGGUGCGGGUUGCAAGUCUGACCCCACUCGUGUCGUCGUUGGAGAUAUCUCUACUAGCACAGAUGAUCCUCUCUCCCGCAGCACGCGGCGGAGACUGAAGGCCAAGGGUGUCACUUCUGGCAUUGCGACUGUUUUCUCAACUGAGAAGCCCGGCCCCGGAAAGGCAAGCCUCCUCCCUCUUCCCGAGGAAGAGUUCGCCAAGGGCAAGGUUGGCGAGCUGGGUGUCCUUCCCGACUUCCGGGUCCGUAUUCUCCCUGUCCUCGGAACCAUGCCUGCGGUCUUCGGCUAUACCGUGGCCAACCAUGUCAUAUGCAGUGUUACAGGCUACCCGAUCGACUAUCACAUGGGCCCCAAGGGCCGUGACAAGCUGUAUGACGGUGUCUAUUCUACCCUGCAGGGUCUGAUGGAGAAGCUGAACCGACAAGUGGCUGGACAAGACCCGACGGGCCUGCGUCUGCCUAUCAGCAAAGAAGACAUUACCUUCUUGAUCGAGGAGGUGUGGAGAGGACGAAGCGUUAUCAGCGGCCUAUACAACCGUAUCGUUUUGAUCCCCUGGAAGAGCCCCGCAAAUGGAUAUGUUGUGGAUCCAACCAUGGAGAAAGAGGGACAAAAACACCUUCCGCUCGACCUGAAGGAUCUUGUGUGCAUGACCAAGGAUGAGGCCACCCGCCAUGAACGGGAGGUGCUGCGCGGAGACAAGACGGUUGAGGAUCUGUACGACGGGACGGUCCUGCAGCGGGUGAGCCUGCGGCGACAGGAGGCCGAGGAGCUUGAGCAGUACCGAUGA